AUGUUCGGCUCAUUGUCGCGUUUGGCUGGCGAUGCGCUGCAAGGCGCAAAGCAUGCUACAGAGCAACUUGCCCAGGCUGCGCAGCACGCCGCCUCCACAUCCGAAUUGACAUCGCUCAGCAAGGUACGAUCUCAACAGAAAAUGCCGUUGUCGUCUCCAGUAUCACCAAGUACAUCAUUUCAUGGAAGCGAGAUACCGCCUGGUCUGGAGGAUUUGUCGAUGGAAGAACGGCAGAAAAUAUUAGCGGUGAUGGCAGUUGCUGAGUUAGACAGUAUAGCUGACGGGAACAGAGCAGCCCCAGCUAAAAUACCAAUUUCGCAGACUUCGGAUUCGUUUUUCAGAAAUGACAACGAGAGGUUGGAUUCAACAAGCAGCCUACCGGAACCUCCAAAAGUGGAUUACAGAAAGGAAGCAAGCCCUCCAACAACAAUGUUGCCGGAAUUCUCGACAGAGAAUGUCAUUGAUGGAGUAGACUUAUCCUAUCUAUCACCGGCUGAACGCGAGCAAAUUAUAAGUGUGAUGAAGGCUGCGCAGUCCGAGGAACCUAGAAUCAUUCCCCCUGUAUCACCGACAGCGCCAGAAACGGCAGCUGUUUCAGCUGUGCCAGUCGAU